AUGACGGAUGAGGAAAAUCUGGGAAGAUUGAAGUCAUCAGUAGCUGCAUCCUCACCUUCAAACUCAUUGCCAUGCCAAAAGUUGGAUGGCCUCAAGAACUUGUACGAGUGUCUGGAUGAUGUGCUUCAGCUCCCUUUAAGUCAACAAGCUCUGUCCUAUGAAAGAAUUGGAAAAUGGGAAGAAGAGGUCUUGGAUGGAUAUCUCAGGUUGUUGGACAUUUGUGGAGCAGUUAGAGACAUAUAUUUACUGAUAAAGGAAAGUCUGCAGGAACUUGAGUCAUCUCUACGGUGGAAAAGAAGUGGAGACUGGGCCAGUGAAGUCAGCUCAUAUAUGAUUUCCAAUAAGCACUUGAAUAAAAUCACCAGCAAAUGUUACAGAGAGUUGAAGAAAGCAGAGAAGAACUGCAACUUGGCAGUGGUAAACAAAGAUUCUGCCAUGGGUCACAAGUCACAACCUAGAGGUUGGUCCUUGAUGUCAAAGUUGAUGCAACACAAGAGACCAUCACACAGAGGAGACUCUGAAAUUGCUGCGAUCGAGCAAAUAGAAAUUGAGUUGCAUCUCCUGAACAACAAUAAGUCAAACAAGGAUGUACUUAAAAAACUUGUGGCAGUAGACUCCAGCAUUGAAGAAUUAGCAGAGGUGCUUGAAAUUGUGUUCAGGCUUUUACUGAAAACCAGAGUUUCCCUUCUCAACAUUCUCAACCACCAGUCUAGGUCACAAUCAGCAUGGAUUCUCAAAUACCAUGCACCUCAAUUUUGUUUACAUUACCUUUGUACAAAAUUGUACAACUAUAAACUCAUCUCAGAAAUGAAUGCAGUACUGAAACAGGUUUCUAAUUUGAGCUUGUCUGUUCCUUUGCUUGUCCAUUGA